UGAUUAUAUUUUAUUGUCCAAAAGGGUGCAAAAGUAAACACUUCGAAUUAAAUAAUUUUCCCGGUCUGGAAAAUGGCAAAGUUGACUGACAAUACAGGCAGUGCAAACGCAAUAGCACAGGGUACAACAAGAUGAAGCGCAGGGUGCAACACGUCACUUCAACACCGCGUAGAUUGUAAAACGACGUCGUCGUCGUUUGAAAUUUUCAAUUUCUUAAUCACCUCGCCAUCGUCUUUUUCGUUCCGUUCGUCUUCCCGACCCGACCAAAUCUGUAUCUCUACUCCACAAAACUGAACUCCCAUUCUGCGAAAUCUAAGCCCAAAUUCCAUAGCCAGACCCCGGAGAAACCCCCCCACCCACUGAAUUUUCAGAUCUCUUUGUGGCGCCGGAUGCCACGAUGAAUCAGCGGCCGCCACGACCGGAGCAAGACGACGGGGUUUACAAUGUUAUUCCAAUCCACAACCUCCUCGCUGACCACCCAUCGCUCCGCUUUCCGGAGGUCCGGGCGGCGGCAGCCGCGCUCCGGACGGUCGGUGACCUCCGCCUGCCGCCGUUCCAGCCGUGGAAGCAGCACUACGACCUCCUCGACUGGCUUGCGCUCUUCUUCGGUUUCCAGGCGUCAAACGUGAGCAACCAGAGGGAGCAUCUGGUGCUCCAUCUCGCCAAUGCUCAGAUGCGCCUCACUCCUCCUCCGGACAACAUCGAUGUUCUGGAGCCGUCCGUCCUCCGCCGCUUCCGGCGACGUCUUUUGAGGAACUACUCCGAUUGGUGUUCCUACCUUAACGUCAAGUCCAAUGUUUGGCUCUCGGACUCGCACUCCCGGCACUCCUCCUCCGAUCACCGGCGGGAGCUUCUGUACGUGUCUCUGUAUCUGCUGAUUUGGGGUGAGUCCGCUAACUUACGCUUCAUGCCGGAAUGCAUUUGUUACAUAUUUCAUAAUAUGGCGAUGGAGUUGAAUAGGAUUUUGGAAGAUUACAUUGAUGAGAACACUGGUAGACCCUUUUUGCCGUCCAUUUCUGGGGAGAAUGCUUUUCUUGAUAAGAUUGUGAAGCCAAUUUAUGAUACAAUUAAAGAAGAGGUGGAUAACAGUAGAAAUGGAACGGCCCCUCAUUCUGCCUGGCGGAACUAUGAUGAUUUGAAUGAGUAUUUUUGGAGUAAGAGGUGUUUUGAGAAGAUGAAAUGGCCAAUAGAUGUUGGGAGUAAUUUUUUUGUGACGGGAAACAAGGGGAAGAAGGUGGGGAAGACAGGGUUUGUGGAGCGGAGGUCUUUCUGGAAUUUAUUUAGAAGCUUUGAUAAGAUGUGGAUCAUGCUGAUUUUGUUUCUCCAGGCGGCGAUUAUUGUGGCUUGGGAGGACAAGCAAUAUCCAUGGCAGGCGUUGAGGAGUAGGAGGGUGCAAGUUAAGUGUUUGUCGGUUCUGCUCACUUGGAGCGCCCUGCGGUUACUGCAGUCUUUGUUGGAUAUGGGAAUGCAGUACAGUUUGGUGUCAAGGGAGACCAAGUCUUCGGGAGUGAGGAUGAUUCUGAAAACCAUAGUUGCAGCUGCCUGGAUUCUGGUGUUUGGGGUGUUCUAUGGUAGAAUAUGGCAGCAGAGGAAUCGGGAUAGGAGAUGGUCGAAUGCUGUGGAUAGAAAAGUGGUGGAGUUUCUUGAAGUUGUGGUGGCCUUUCUUAUUCCAGAGCUGUUAGCUGUGGCACUAUUUCUUCUUCCAUGGAUUAGGAAUUUUUUGGAGAAGAGAAAUUGGAAGAUAGUAUAUUUGUUCUCGUGGUGGUUUCAGAGCCGGAUUUUUGUGGGUCGGGGGCUUAGGGAAGGACUUUUUGACAAUAUUAAGUAUUCCCUUUUCUGGAUUGCAGUGCUUGGGACAAAGUUUAUGUUUAGCUACUUUAUGCAGAUUAAGCCUAUGAUUCGUCCAACCAGGACAUUGCUGAAUCUGAAAAAUGUUACUUAUGAAUGGCAUGAGAUUUUUCAUAGAAGUAAUCGCUUUGCAGUGGGGCUGAUAUGGCUUCCUGUCAUAUUGGUUUACCUAUCCGAUCUGCAGAUCUGGUAUGCUAUUUACUCGUCAUUUGUUGGGGCUGCAGUUGGGUUGUUUGAUCACUUGGGUGAAAUACGUGACAUGCCGCAAUUGAGGUUGAGAUUUCAGUUCUUUGCCAGUGCUAUUCAGUUUAAUCUCAUGCCUGAGGAGCAGUUGUUGAAUUAUGGUGGAUCAUUUAAGAGCAAGAUCACGGAUUUCAUUCACAGGUUGAAGCUGAGAUAUGGACUGGGUCGGCCCUUUAAAAAACUUGAAUCCAACCAGGUGGAGGCCUACAAAUUUGCGUUGAUAUGGAAUGAAAUUAUUAAUAUAUUUAGAGAAGAAGACAUAGUCAGUGAUCGUGAGGUUGAACUUUUGGAGCUCCCUCAAAAUGACCGAAGAGAUCCUAAGAGUAACUGGGAAAUUCGGGUGAUUCAGUGGCCGUGUUUGCUCCUCUGCAACGAGCUUCUGCUUGCUCUCAGUCAGGCAAAAGAGUUGGUGGAUGCUCCUGACAAGUGGCUUUGGCACAAGAUCUGCAAGAAUGAGUACAGGCGGUGUGCUAUUGUCGAAGCAUACGAUAGUUUAAAGCACUUUCUACUUGCAAUUGUCAGAUAUGAUAGGGAGGAGCGGUCCAUAAUCCGAACCUUUUUCCAAGAGAUUGAUCAGUGGAUUCAGCUGGAGAAAUUUACAAAAACCUAUGAUAUGAAUGCACUUCCGAAAAUACAUCAAAAGUUGGUCCAUCUUCUUGCUCUUGUCCUCAGUCCAGAUAAAAAUGUUGAUAAGGUGGUGAAUGCUCUACAGGCCCUUUAUGAGGCUGCCAUUAGAGAUUUCCUGAAAGAGAAGAGAAACAAUAGCCAAUUGAAGGAGGAUGGCCUGGCUCCUGCUGCUUCUGGUGAAGGAUUGCUUUUCCAUAAUACAGUUGAGUUGCCUGAUGCAAAUAAUGGGACUUUCUAUCGUCGUGUUCGGCGGUUGCAUACCAUCCUCACUUCUCGAGACGCUAUGCAAAAGGUUCCUGAAAAUAUCGAGGCUAGACGCCGGAUUGCCUUCUUCAGCAACUCCUUGUUCAUGAAUAUGCCUCAUGCUCCUCUUGUGGAGAAAAUGAUGGCCUUCAGUGUUUUGACACCAUACUAUAGUGAAGAGGUACUUUACAGCAAGGAACAACUUCGAACUGAGAACGAAGAUGGGAUUUCAACUCUUUACUACUUGCAAACCAUCUAUGCAAGUGACUGGAAAAACUUCUUGGAGAGGAUGCGUCGAGAAGGGAUGAAGAGUGAAAGGGAACUGUGGGGGCCUAGUAGACUGAGAGAUCUUCGACUGUGGGCAUCAUACAGAGGCCAGACACUUGCGCGAACGGUAAGAGGGAUGAUGUACUAUUACCGUGCUCUUGAGAUGCUUACUUUUCUGGAUUCUGCUUCUGAGAUGGAUAUGAGAGAGGGAUCUCAGCAACCAAUCUCCACGAGGCAUAAUGAUGAGGUGGAUGAUCUGAGGUCAGAAAAAUCUCAUUCCUCAAGAAGUUUGAGCAGAGCAAAUAGUUCAGUCAGUGUUCUUUUCAAAGGUCAUGAGCGUGGAACAGCUUUGAUGAAAUUUACUUAUGUAGUAGCAUGCCAGAUUUAUGGUUCUCAAAAGGCCAAGAAAGAUCCUCGUGCCGAGGAGAUACUUCAGUUGAUGAAAAAUAAUGAAGCGCUUAGAGUUGCCUAUGUUGAUGAGGUGUCGUCCGGAAGGGAUGAGAUACAGUAUUACUCUGUCCUGGUGAAGUAUGAUCAGAAGUUGGAGAGGGAAGUUGAGAUUUACCGUGUAAAGUUGCCCGGCCCUGUUAAGCUUGGAGAGGGAAAACCAGAAAAUCAGAAUCAUGCUCUUAUAUUCACUCGUGGGGAUGCAGUUCAGACCAUUGACAUGAACCAAGAUAACUAUUUUGAAGAAGCUCUAAAGAUGCGGAAUCUUCUGCAGGAAUUUAAACAAUACUAUGGUAUCAGGAAACCUACCAUUCUGGGAGUUCGGGAGCACGUUUUUACUGGUUCUGUGUCAUCACUUGCUUGGUUCAUGUCUGCACAGGAGAUGAGUUUUGUCACUUUGGGGCAGCGUGUUUUAGCUAAUCCAUUAAAAAUUCGGAUGCAUUAUGGGCACCCUGAUGUGUUUGACAGGUUUUGGUUUCUAUCCAGGGGAGGUUUAAGCAAGGCUUCACGUGUGAUCAAUAUCAGCGAGGAUAUUUUUGCUGGAUUCAAUUGCACAUUGAGGGGUGGAAAUGUUACCCAUCAUGAAUACAUCCAAGUGGGAAAAGGAAGGGAUGUGGGGCUGAAUCAAAUUUCGAUGUUUGAAGCAAAAGUAGCGAGUGGAAAUGGCGAGCAAACACUGAGCCGUGAUGUUUAUAGGUUGGGUCACAGGCUUGACUUCUUCCGGAUGCUCUCAUUCUUCUAUACCACGGUGGGAUUCUUCUUAAAUACCAUGAUGAUUCUGCUCACCGUGUAUGCAUUUUUAUGGGGCCGGCUGUACCUGGCAUUAAGUGGCGUUGAAGGCUCUGCCUUAUCGGAUACAAGUAACAAUAGAGCUCUUGCUACAAUAUUGAACCAGCAGUUCAUCAUCCAACUCGGUCUCUUUACAGCCUUACCUAUGAUUGUACAACUUUCCCUCGAGCAUGGUUUUCUGAAUGCCAUUUGGGACUUUAUAACAAUGAUGCUCCAACUUUCUUCCGUAUUCUAUACCUUCUCCAUGGGGACCCGUGGCCAUUACUUUGGCCGAACUAUUCUGCAUGGUGGUGCGAAAUACCGUGCUACAGGCCGCGGUUUUGUUGUGCAGCACAAGAGUUUUGCUGAGAACUAUAGACUAUAUGCUCGCAGUCAUUUUGUGAAGGCUAUUGAACUUGGAUUGAUACUCACCGUAUAUGCUUCCUACAGUGCCGUAGCUAAAGGAACUUUGGUGUACAUAGCAUUGACCAUUUUCAGUUGGUUUUUAGUAGUAUCCUGGAUUUUGGGGCCUUUUGUGUUUAAUCCUUUGGGCUUUGAUUGGUUAAAGACUGUGUAUGAUUUUGAUGAGUUCAUGAACUGGAUUUGGUACAGGGGUGGUGUGUUUGCGAAAUCCGAACAGAGCUGGGAAAAGUGGUGGUAUGAGGAGCAAGAUCAUUUGAGGACAACAGGACUUUGGGGAAAGAUUAUGGAAAUCAUUUUGGACCUCCGGUUCUUCUUUUUCCAGUAUGGCAUUGUGUAUCAAUUAGGCAUUGCUGCUGGGAAAAAGAACAUUCUGGUUUACUUGCUAUCAUGGACUUACGUGGUUGUGGCCCUUGGACUUUACUCACUAAUAGCAUAUGCUCGUAAUAAAUAUGCUGCGAAGGAACACAUAUACUAUCGUUUUGUUCAGUUCCUUGUCAUUAUUCUUGGUGUAGUCGUUAUAAUUUCGUUGCUCAAGUUUACGGCAUUUGAAUUUGUGGAUAUCUUCACCAGUUUAUUGGCGUUUCUUCCGACUGGGUGGGGGUUGUUGUCUAUCGCUCAGGUUCUUAGGCCCUUUUGGGAGAGGACACGGAUUUGGAAGACUGUUGUGUCUUUAGCUCGCCUUUAUGACAUAAUGUUCGGAGUUAUUGUCUUGGUCCCUGUUGCUCUUCUAUCAUGGCUUCCCGGGUUCCAAAACAUGCAGACAAGGAUUCUUUUCAACGAAGCUUUCAGUAGGGGCUUACACAUAUCACAGAUUGUCUCUGGGAAGAAACCAAAGGUCGAAACGUAAUCUAAGGUCUGAGUCGGAGUAUUCGGUUUGGUUUGGUUCGAUUCUUGAUUCGGAGCAGAGUUUGGGGUUAUUUUCCUGUGUUGUCGUUUAUAUAGGGGCUGCCAUUGUUUGGGAUGCUGCAUUUUACGUCGUGUAAUUAAUUACAAUCAAGUCGACUUGGGGCUUACAUUACACAUUGCUGCUGGUGCCCUUUUUGCUCAGAUUAGUGAUUCACAGUGUUGGGAAGUAUAUGGUUUUGUAAGCAACAGUGUUAAGAGUGUAAUUUUAGUGAGAAGAACGUAUAUUGUACCAACUACUUUUGUUUGCUUCCAUUGUAUUAAUUAAUUAAUAUUUUCAUUCAUUCCCUAUU